CGAACAUCUAACCCUCUCCCUCAAGAUGUCAUUUAAAAGGGACGGAGAUGAUCAAAGUCAGCUAAAUUUGCUUAAGCGUGACCCAUUGAACGUGAUGGUGAAUGUAGUGCCUGACAGCGAAGGAUUUUUGUUCUUCAGAAACGCCGUGUAUCAGACCUGCUGGCCGACGACAUACCUGAGGAUGAAGCAUUGCUGAUGAGUAAUGGAAGGUAUGCCUGCACCGUAUGUAGCCACCGGCCCGUGUUGGACACAAUAGCCAUGUUGUUGGUCCACCGACAAGGCAAGAAGCAUCAGAGCUAUGUGAGGGGCUACUAUGCCAAGAAACAGGACUUGAUGAAAGAAGUCGAGAAAAGGAAACAACAGCUCUACCUGAAACAGCAAGAGCAGAGGGGAAUAUCGCAGGAAGAGAUUAAAGAUGUUGCACCACUGUUAACAAAGACCAGGAAAGCCACCCAUCAUGCCUUGCUAAAAACAGCUCCUUACAAAGGGUGUAGUGGAUUGAGCAGAAAGCAAGACAGUUGCAGUGUUCGGAGGGAGACGCCAGACAAAACAGCGGGGUCCUUUUUUCAGAGAGUGUCACAAACAUCUCGGCAGCACGAUUCAACGUGCUCAGGACCGAAACUCACAUCUGCGACCUGCUCCGACGACCUACCUGGGAAUCGGGGUCCGCCCUCCGGUAAUCAAUCAGAAACAGCGGCAGAUUCCCCCUCCGUCCACAUUACAAAAGGUCAGAGUGACAGCACCAUCUCCAUUGGACACAGGAAUGAUGCAGCAUCAUACCCGACAUUGGAGGGAAGCACAGAAAUCAUGUUACACAGUCAAAAUGCAGCCAGCGUGGAAGAGCCACUGACAGUCACUGAGAAGAGACACCCGGCAUCAUUUCAGCUGAAGCCAUACGUACCGAAACAUCAGAGGCACAAGGCACUCCCAGUACCUCAGCCAAUCACUGGAUCGGCCAACAAGAGUGGCUGCGAGAUAAGGCCGUCAUUGACCACCAAGCUGGGUGACACCUCUACAAGAGAACCACUACAGUUUAAAUCUUCCGUGGCUGGAAGCUUAAUGGUAUUAAGGGACUCGGGUAGUUUGACAUGUGAUGUGGGUACAAAGCGAAGGGAUCCCAUUCCCAGUAGAGACUUAUCAAAGCGUGCCGAGAGGAAAGUCUCCAAACCAACAGGCGAGUCGAUGAAAUGCCGCAACCCUAGGGAUGACACCAGAAGAGCGGACAGGGAGAAAUACCUGAAGCUGACAAGUUCUGGUUGGAAGACUGACUGGAGGGGAGGCUGGGUACAAGACCAAGAUGUGGAAUUUGAUUCAGACGAAGAAGUAACCGCACAGUAGUGUCGUCAGUUUCUUCAAUUAUUUAACUUUAAAACUGACUCAUCAGUCUAUCAGACUUUAACAAGAAAUAUUGAAACUUGAGCGCGGGGUGUUAUGUUUCAGGGGAAAUAUUCAAAGACUUGAAGGUCUUCACUUUUUUGUACCAAUUUGAUUGUUAAUUUUAUUAUUGUUAUUCGACACACACGCACAUAUAUAUUUGGGGGGAGAUUUGAGCCUUACUUUUGUGUAUGUGCAUCUUAUUCCAACUGUUGUAAAAUAAAAUAUUGUUCAGAUUUUUAAGCCAAAUAAACUAAUUGGCUUGAAAAGGUGGCUCA